UUCUCAUCAUGUAUCUGAAGUUUUUGGCUAUUAGUUCUGCAAUCAUUUUGAUGAGUGCAAGCAGCAUCAGCGCACAAUCAUCGUCAGAUGGAUCAUCGGUAGGAGAAACAGGAAAAGGGCUUCUAAGUGACAUCCUAGGCAAACGUCAAUAUAGUCAUGUACAUGAUAAACGAUUAGCUGAUGAAGUUUUGAAAUUACUCUCUCUUAAUGGCCAUUCUGAUACAACUAGUGGUUCUACUCAAGGCACUACUCAAGGCGCUACUCAAGGCACCCAUCAAGUUGGAGGAAAGAAUGGUGGUAACAAAGGUGACGAUAGACAGGACCGUGAUAAGAUUGAUGAAGGUGAUGACUUGGCCAAUGAAAGUACUGAUACCACCAAUUCUUCUAAUACUACUACUUCUGAUGAAAAAGAAAAAGGUACGGAUUCAACUUCUAAGGCACCUGAAAACGAUAACACUUCCACUAAGUCUCAGGGCGGAGACACAGCUACACCUACACAAGGGGACUCUGAUAAUGUAGAAUC